CUUCUAUACAAUCCUACCGUUGAGCGGCUACCAAGUGGUUCAAAAUAUCCAGCCAAAUCAAGCAGACACCUGCUUCAGGUCAAGUAGAGCGCUCCCAUCAUGUCUGAUGAUGGAGAUGAGAUACCGCCCAGCGCAACGAUCUACAUCAAAAAUUUAGAUGAAGAUGUUAAGCUAACAACCCUCGUGCCUGCCUUGCGCGAGCUGUUUGAGGACUUCGGCAACAUUAUUGACAUCGUGGCUAAGAAAAGCGUGAAGCGGAAGGGUCAAGCCUUCAUUGUCUACGACAGUGUCGACGCGGCUCAAGACGCGAAGGAUGAGAUGAACAGCUUCGAGAUCUUCGGGAAGCCUAUGCACAUUGAGUUUGCCAAGACAAGGUCCGAUGCCACAGUGCUUCGAGAAAAUGGUGAAGAAGCACUGGAGGAGCACAUGACGGCGCGCUUGGAGGUGAAGAAGCGCAAGCAGGAUGAAGAAGCGGAGAAGGCGAAAGCGGCUGCGAAGCGUGUGGCAACCGAGACGCUUGCUGAGCGUCCGGCCAAGGCAGCCAAGGUUGCACAGCCAGCGGGUAUCGUGCCCGAGGAGUACCUACCGCCGAACAAGAUCUUGUAUUUGCGGGACCUGCCGGAAGACUACGGCAAGGAUGCGCUUACGGCUAUCUACAGCCGCUUUCCUGGGUUUAAAGAAGUGCGGACAGUGCCUACGCGAAAGACCAUUGCGUUCGUGGAGUACGACGACGAGAGUGGUGCGAUUGCGGCGAAGGAUGCUACGGGUGGAAUGACGUUGGGUGAACAGGCGAUUAAGGUGACUUUCCAGCGGAAGUAGCGGAACAGUAACUAUCGUGCUUAUUGGUUGACCCGCUACAACGCGGACAGGUGCGCUGCCAAAUGCCC